AUGGCCGCGACAAAAGGCAAUAAAGCCCUGCAGUCGCAUGCGCAGAAACUUGGCGAGCAGGUUACUAAUAUGUCGGCAAAAAUAAAGGAACUCGAGUCUGCCCUUGCCACUGCUCACCUGCAGAUCCAAACGCAGUCUGACCCGCCAGAAGAUGCGGCGGCGAAGAAGGGAUGCACCGGUUCUAGACGCCGGUCAUACGGCGUAGGAGCAGGCUCCCUCGCUAUCAAUAGUGAAGGGCUCGCAAGAUACUAUGGGGACACAUCCGAAUCAGAGUACUUCUUUGGUCUGCUACCGAACGGUGGCGGGUACACUACUUACUAUGAGCCUGACCUCCAGGAGCUGAAUCUUUCUCCGGAAAUCAUUUUAUUGUACAACGCAUACCCAUUUGGGUUGCGCAGCCGGCUCUACACCAAGAAUAUCUUCAUCUCUUAUCUUCCCCGUCGAGAGGAGGCCAUGCAGACAAUAGAGAUAUUCUAUGAUAGGUUUGGCUUUCUUCACAAUCCUGUGUCAUACGAAGACUGCAUGGAGGAUCUCAUAGGGAGUAUCUACGGAUCCUCGAAUGUGCCCUCAGUAGAACACGUCCAUCCGCACAAACUCGCCGUCUUCCUCGGAAUACUCGCCAUCGGGCACCAGCGCAGCGUCGACUUUGAGACGUCUCAAGGUCUGAAUCUCAAUGCGGAGCGAUAUUACGUAUUAUCGUGUGCUGCACUAUGCUUGACACCCAUUAUGGCCGAGGCGAUGUGUGCCACCGUCCAAGCGCUGUUCCUGGUUGACCGAUAUGUCUGGUCUAGCACCCGGCGGGCAUGUGAGGAACUAUGGCUGCUGAUCGGUGUCAUGGCGAGAGUGGCGCUAAGGAUCGGACUACACCGUGAUGGUGCACAAUUUAACCUGGAUGCGGCCGAGUUGCGGCGACGUAGGCUGAUUUUCUGGGAACUCUAUCGACUGGAUGCCUGGAUGAGCUUCGUAACUGGGCGGGCACCAGCUAUCAACCUAUCAGACACGGACACUAAGUUUCCGGAGUAUGAUGGUGACCCUAAUCUGAUGUCGUACCCAUACUGGAAAUACAGGCACGCCGCCGCGUGUCUAUGGCCGACGAUCAAACUAGCGGCCGCCGAGGUUGCUUCUUACGAAGAUAUAAUGGCUCUCGACCGCAAGAUCCGCACCUUUCCUGUGCCUACGCAUCUGCAAGCGUCUCUUCAGGGCUCGACAAUUUGGCAGUGGUCCACUGACGCGGGGCAAGCCAUCCAACAAUAUUGCAUCGUAGCAGAUAAGGAGCUUAACCUACUAUUCCUGCACCGGAACUACGUGGCCGUUGCACUGCAUUCAGGCGACCCUCUUGCGCACAAAUUUGGCGGCUCAGUUCUAGCAGUCUAUCGAUGUGCCACACGCAUGUGCUUUGCGCUUCGUGACCUCUACAAGCUCCACCCCAGAACCAUCAGCGGGAUGUGGCAUUUCUGGUCCGGAAUAUUUUCUGCUUGUAUCGUACUGGCCGCGAUACCCAUCGUAGCGCCGAGCUGCGCCUUGGCACAGAACGCGUUGACGAACUUCAAAGCGGCGCGCCGGCUAUUUAUUGAGGGUGCUGCAUCCUGCCAUAACCCAAAUACAGUUGAGAUCUUACAGAAACUGGAGCGUCGUGCUGAGAAUAACCUCAUGGCUUAUUGGAGCGACCCGCUUAAGUACCGGUGUAUACCUGCGCUGCCAGGCGAGAUCGACGAGCUCAGGCUACUCGGCGGUCAGGAGAUCGUGAUCCAGCAGGCGGCGCGUUCUCUUUCACGCUCCCCGGCUCCUCUGUCUUCGCAGGUGUCGCAUAUGCGGGCCCAGCCACAUCACGCGCAGCCACACGGCAACAUGUCAGGCGCGUUCAACGAUGCCGCAGGAACUUCCGCUUCGUCACCGUUGAUGCCCGUGCAGUCAUUCGACGUAGGCCUCGACGAGUUUGACUUCACCGACCUCGAAGGCGCCUUUUUGUCUUCGACUAUCCCUUCGUACGAGCAGAUCAUGCAAACGACUUCGGCAGGGCCGUAUCCAGGCUCCUCGAUGCGCACGCAUGAUUUUAGUCCUGAUCCGAGUCGCGGCUUCCAUCCCGCCAAUUUUCCUCAGAACAGCGGCUCAGGGCGCCCUGAACACGCGGAAUAUCCUCCGCGGGGACAGCAGCAUAUGAGCGGGCUUGGCAGCGCUGAUUUUGACUGUGGUCCGGAUGUCUGGAGCUCUUUUGUCGGUGACUUGACCGGCAGCAGCCAGUGCUCACCGUCUCAAUAUGGCAUUUGA